AUCGUGGCUCAAUGUCCAAAGCGUCGUCGCUCGUGGUCGGGUUAAACCAAUAAAAUCGUUGCGCAGACGCGGCCAUUCAGUUGAAUUUUGGACACGAUAUACUUCGGAUCGAAGCUCGAACUAAGACUUAAGCUAGAUUUGCAUUUGGAUUAGCUUUUGUUCGGCGAACUAAAAACUAAGCGUUUUCACCUCGUUUUACAACCGCGUAUUUUUGCUAUUUCGUUCUCAAGACCGGAUAAAAAUGACGCUCCAAUUCGUGGAGGUGCCUCUUAUUCUGCUGCUUUUGGCCCUGAUGCACUGCGUCAUCGGCACGCCCAUCGCCCCUGCCACGCCAGACGGCGCCACGCCCAUCGAUGCUCGAGUAUCGGCCGCCGAUUUCGGAGCCCAGGACGCCUUUGAUGCCGCCGAAUACACGCAGGCGGAGGCCAGCGAGGCCGGGUUCAAGAUCUCUUUGCUGCCGACACCAGCGAAAACGGCAGAGUCCGUGAACCUGGAGCAGGAAGCCAUUCCCUCGAAGGUGCUCAGCGUGUACGAUAACAGCCAGAAGAAGCUGGCCGAAUUGGCCCAGCCCGUUCCCAUUUUGGACUCGAUCAGCGAGCACGAAAAGUACGGCAACAAUGGGGACAUGUUUGACGGAAUCUCGCGAUCGCUUGUCAACGGUUACGAGGCCUUUUCCAACCUGCUCAACACCUUCAUACAGAAGCCAAAAGAGUUGGCGCGCAGCGUAACGAAGGGAAUCACCGCUCAGUUGGAUGUCAUCGGUGGAAAAUUGGUCGGGCUCUAAGCCACUUGAAGUGUA